AUGCCUUUCGACUUGAAGCUGCUCAGCCCAAAGCGGCUCGCUCUUGCGCUCUUCUUCUACGUCACCUACCGCAUCGCCUACCGCCUCGUCCUCUGGCCCUACUUCCUCUCGCCCCUGCGCAAAGUCCCUGGCCCGCCCCUCGGCAACCCCAUCUCGGGCCACUUCCCGACGAUCCUCAAGGAGGCAGCUGGCGUGCCCCAGCGAAGGUGGCUGAACAAGUACGGCCCCGUCAUACGCGCCGUGGGGCCAUUUGGCAUCGAGCGCCUUGUGUUCAUUAACCCGGAGCCGCUGAAGAGGAUCCUGGUUACUGAUGCGGUGGACUUUCCGAGGCCCGAUUUCUUCAGACAUAUGAUGGGUAUAUGCGCGGGAUAUGGCCUUUUUGCAGCGGACGGUGCCGACCACAAGCAGAUGCGGAAAGCCAUGAACCCUGCAUUCUCUAUUGCCAACCUGUCUGCUCAGACCGACAUGUACUAUGAUAUCAUUGAAGACUUCAUGAAGGUCCUCGACGCCGAGAUUGACGCGGAGUCAAAUCCUGAAGAAGGCAAAGUUCUUCCCGUCUAUGCCAGACUGAACAAGGUCACCCUGGACAUCAUCUGCAAAACCGCGUUUGGGUAUGACGCAAAUACCAUCCAUAACAACGAAGAUCCGCUUGCGGUCGCGUAUGAAGAACUUUUGGACUUGCAGUCAGGCGAGAAUCUGGCCAACCUUUUCCUCGCACUCACCAUACCAGGCAUGCCCACCUUCUUCCAGUCACGCACGGCUUGGAGGCUACGCAACUUCUUCAAGCGGUUCCGCGCUACCUGCGUUACCAUCGAUUCUAUGAAUCGCGUGAAAGCCUGCUCGCGCGCCAUUCUGCAGGAACGCAUCGCCGAAGUCUCAACUUCGCUGUCUGAGACUGGCACGACGCGGCAAAAGGACCUCAUCUCAGUCAUGCUGCAGGCGCGUAUGUCCGAGAACCCAGAUGGGAAAGACAUUGGAGCGUACUUCAGCGAUGCAAUGAUGGCUGAGCACGUUCUGACGUUUCUGCUUGCGGGACAUGAGACUACGGCAAGCUGUCUGGCGUGGACGCUCUGGGAGCUCGCGAACGAUCACAAGUCGCAGAGUAAGCUCCGCGCUGAGCUGCAGGCACUCGUGAAGGAGAGCCCAAGGCCGGAUUUCAGGCAGUUGAAAGAUUCACCUUUUUUGGAUGCCGUCAUGAUGGAGAGCCUUCGACUAUGGGCACCUGUUCCCGCAACAGUACGCAAAGCAGGCAGAGACGUAUACCUCGAUGGCGUGUUUGUUCCCAAAGAUACCAUUCUCUACAUCCCUAUUCUCGUCUUCAACACCUGGAAAGAACAUUGGGGCCCUGACGCCGAGUCCUUCAACCCUGAGCGGUGGUUUAACCUGCCCGACAACUAUAAUUCAACAUUCUCCUUGCUCAGCUUCACCGCCGGUCCGCACGCGUGCAUCGGGAGGCUGAUGUCGAUUAUGGAGAUGAAGGCCGUCCUUGCGAUGAUCAUCACUCGGUAUGAGUUUGAUAGGCUUUCUCCGGACCAGGUGCCCAAGCCUACGACGGGGGUAACGACGAAACCCGCUGAUCACAUGCCGUUGCGCGUUCGCAAGGUCUUGAGGGUCUAG